CCACUGCACCAGAGCUGUGGUGAGUUCUCAGCCUGACACUUUGGAUGGAUGCAAUUCUACUUUUGAGGGAGUGAGAAUGCCGUAAUCCUCCUCCUUAUGGAAAAAAACUACUCGUUUAUUCAACAUAAAAUAUCCAGGGUGGGAUUGCACUGCCUAAUGGUGUGUAAUUGACGGGAGACGGAUGAAAAUAUAGUACAUGAAAAGCCCAGGAUACAGAAAUCGUCACGCGUCACAGUUAGGAACUGUACAUCCGAACAUAGCAGACACUGAAAUAAAUUCCCCUCCGACCCCCAACAAGUACAGACACCGUCCCACAGAGCAUAUACAACGAGCUCUCCCCAAAGCUUUGCCAGUUAAGGAACUGGAGACCCCCCCUCAAGAGUCCCAAACACCACAACUCAAUGUCAAACGGCAUUGUUCCUUCUUCUUCUUUUAAUGAACACACCCACAGACCUUGAUGUGUUUAGAGCCCUGUCUUCGUUACGUAUGUUGGUGAAUUUCUGGUAUUAGAAUGCUCCUCGGAAAUGAGGGGGCCAAAACUUAUUGUCAAAAAGGGGGGUGAGAAAAAAAUGACAGCGCAGAUUUCCAGGCUCAACAGUCGGAAGCUUGCAAAAUCGGUUUGCAUCGCCAGGGGAAAAUCGAAUCGGUUUAAAUAGCCUGUAAUGGGGUUUGGAAGAGACCACCUCUCUUUCGAUCGCCGUCAUUAUUGUGUCGGACCCACGGAGCUGCGCUAUCUGUACAAGUAAUUUGCACAACGAACCUACAGUUUUAAGUAGCAGUUGCUAAAGGUUCCGUACCCCAGAAAGCCACUCAGACCCACCAGAAGAGAAGAUAAUUCUUCAGAGGUCAAGCGCGAGUGGUCGCACAAUUAAAACCAUCUUAGUAGAAGCCGCUGCAUGUCAGAAGUCGCCCGCAUGAGCCUCUGGCACAGCUGCACACAACACACAUCGUAGCUAUGACAGUGCAGCCUCCUUAAAUACCCCCUUCCCAGUCCACAGGAUGUUUUUCCCCCUUAGCUGAGCCGCCCAGGGACUUCUAGGCAUGGCGGAGAAGAAGAGAGGGGAAGAAAGGGGGAGGAAGGUCUAGGAAUGGGGUCCUCUUCCUCCCUACGAACCUUUGGCGUUUGUGGGGUGACCAGGGACAGAAAGGAGAGGGUGAAGCUGGAUGUCUCUGGAGGACCACCACUGGGGCAUGGGCCCAUUCUUAAGCACCCCUCUGUUGGGGAACAUGGAUAUGAACCCAUCACCGUUAUGAGUUGCGUGAAGAAGGGAUCUAGUUUGACCUGACAGAAUCUGCUCCCUUCCAUUUUGCUAAAUUCAAGAGAGAAUUUUUUUCCCUGUAAUGACCUCACCACACACCAUUUGCUAAACCUACAAGACUUUCCCCCCCUCUUCCUGCCUCCUGAGAAAGAUGCUUCAGUCUCUGGCUGACCUGCGUGGGCGUUUCCUGCGGCACAACCUUCCUUUGGAAAUUGGGCAGUCCUAACCGAAUGCCGUGUUUCCAAAUUUCCAUUUUUUGCAGGAUUGACUUGAAUAUCCAAGGAAGUUCUCCGUCGGUGAGAGGAACAGCGUUUAUCCGAACGCCUGUCCACCUUCACAAUCCCAGUUGCCAAGGAGAUUCAGCUAAAUUAGCGGUUUGUGGGCCUUGACAGUUCAGGGUUGAUAGAAAGAGUGCAAGGCUGCUGAUCGAUUCACAAGCGCCUUUGAGCUACUCUAGGCGUGAGUACACAUACACACGGGCCCGUUUGCUUCUCAGGGUUGAAGACGAGAGCCGUCCUGCGAAGAAUGGAGUCCUUGAAGGCAUGGUAAUUGCUUGGUGUGAGAUGGAGAAGUUCCCUUGGCAACCAGAACAAAAACUUGGUUCUCCUCUUGUCUAUGUCCACCGUGAAAAACGUUGUAGAAAUUUGGGGCUAGAUCUUUCCAUGGUGACACCACAUUCCUCUUCAAUGUACACACAAACACACUUUCAUCUCCCAGGUGGAAUGUCUCUCCUUGCACACGGGGGUGGUGAAGAUGCAAGUAACAAGGACCUUCUUUGGGCCAAGGAUGGUAGUGAGAUAUUGCACUUCUCGGGUGUUGGGGGUGUUGACUUCCUCCAGGUGGGGCAAUCACCCCUGGGAGCCAGAGUUCGAUUGGGGGACCCCACGCCCAAACAUCUCCUGCCCCCACUCCUUCUGGGUGGACUCCUGGAGGCCGCGGCCUCUGGUUUCGAUGGGAAGCAGGCAGGAGGCCAAAGCUGCCAAGAUGCAGCACCCGCUGUAGACGAUCAGCGUCAAAUAGACCGAAGACUCCAGCAUCACCUGG